GUAUGAAGGAAAUUACGCAAAACAACACGUUUCCGGUUUGCAGGUCCUUUCCCGUUUUAGCGAGGAGCCGAACCGGCCUGCAAAGAUGCAGAUUUUCGUGAAGACGUUGACUGGGAAGACCAUCACCCUUGAGGUGGAGCCCAGUGACACUAUCGAAAAUGUCAAGGCUAAAAUUCAGGAUAAAGAGGGUAUUCCUCCCGACCAGCAGCGUUUGAUCUUUGCUGGCAAGCAGUUAGAAGAUGGACGCACGCUGUCUGAUUACAAUAUCCAGAAAGAGUCCACGCUGCAUCUCGUGCUGCGUCUGCGUGGAGGGAUCAUCGAGCCCUCCCUUCGACAACUGGCCCAGAAAUACAACUGCGACAAGAUGAUUUGCCGCAAGUGUUAUGCCCGCCUUCAUCCCCGUGCUGUUAACUGCCGUAAGAAGAAGUGUGGCCACACCAACAACCUGAGGCCCAAGAAGAAGCUGAAGUAGAUAGUAGGAUUAUGUGGCCACGUUUGGUGGAGAUUUAAGGUUAUUUGUCCAAUAAAUGUUUGGAGAAAAAAAAAAAA